GAAAAAUGUAUAAUUUACCUGAAUUGGUAGAAAUGUAUGUGUAAAGUAUGUUAGUGGUUAUGUUAAACAAAAAUGUAUGUGAGUUUGAUUAUUUUGUUGAAAUAAAAACACCUGUUAAGGGUGAAAAAAAAACCUGUUAGCUUGAUGAUUGGUGGAGGUCUUAACGCGUUCAAAAAAAACCUCAUCUGUAGCUUUAGAUGAUCUGUCUACCGCUGUAUGACUUACUAAAGACAACUCAAAGUGUCAUAAUAAAAAAUAUUUCCUGUGAUGUUGUCAUUAUCAAUAUUUAACCAUAAAAAUAAACUUUGGCCAAAUAAAUUGUUAAGUGAUAUUAGGUAAUAAUUAUUGCAAACAGCUAAAUCUAACGUUGAUUGGUUGCAAGUGGGCCAUAAUAUGAAAUAUGUAAAUAGUGGCACUGACACCCCGUUGAUGUUUAUCAUACCCAGACACGUCAUGCACGUAGGCCGUCACUAUCUGAAACGUCUUGAUAUUUCCCAAAAUUGUCUUACGACAAGCACGGACAAGUCCCUUGCCCUGUGGAUUAGUCAACAUGUAACGACAAAAAACAACUUUGUUCCCUGUGUACUAAAUGGUCAACCAUGCGUAUUUUCUCUAUUCAUGUAUAGUUUUACAUUCCAUUCCAUCGAAGCCUAGAUGAGGUCAUGAUGGUGUACUGUCAAGAUGAUGUUCUACAAAACAACGCCUGUUUCUCUCAAAAGGAUCCGCCAUUUUCUCAAUGCCUGUUCCGUCAGUUAAUUUGAUCGCAAAACUUUAAGCACACAUGAAUGAAUCAUCGAGCUCUUACCCUUGUGUAAUAUACCCUCAAACACAGGGUAAAUUCUUCGGAUAAAAAGUAGAGAGCUAAAUUUCAAGAAAAAAUCCUAGCGUUUUAUCGUGGAACAAUUUUAUGCACUGAUUUGCGAUCUGCAUUGACAAUCUACAUUCAUUUUGAAGCAACAGAUCGUUGAUGUUAUAUUUGGAUAAACCGGAGAACGUUGUUUUACGUGAAGGAGAGCAGACGAAUGAAGUGGAUAUUUCAAACUUGAACAGACAGGGCCAGGACUGUCCUAGACGGAUUCUUUAAUUACACAAUUUGGAUUAUGGUCUCAAGUAUAAGUUCAUUAAAUUUAAAUCAAUCAUUUGCCGUAAUAAUGCAUACGAAUUAGUAGGCUACGAAAAUGUUAAACCGGCAGGGUAACAGAGAAAGAUAUAUACCUCUCAAUAAACCUCACUGACGUAGUUAGUCUAUUCCAAGAACGAUUCACAGAAUGCAAAGGUGACUUUGACAAACAGGAAAUAUUAGGUCUAGAACGAAGGAAUAUCCAUUAGAUUUACUUCACAAUUGGACCCACGGACAUAGCAAAACAUGGCUGAAACAGCAGCAGAUGAGCCUUCUGAUGACGAUAAAGCACUACUCGGGGCAGCGUUAAAUGGAUAUCUUGACGUAGUUCAGUAUUUCGUUGGUCAAGGAGCAAAUGUAAACUGGGGCACAAAUACGAAAGGGGCACCACUUCACCUUGCAUCACAGGAGGGUCAUCUGGAUGUAGUUGAGUACCUCGUUAGUCAAGGAGCACAGGUAAACAGGUGCAUUGAUAAGGGUUUGACACCACUUGAUUGUGCAUCACACAGUGGUCGUCUUAAUGUAGUUCGGUACCUCCUUAGUAAAGGAGCACAGCUUGAUACGUGUGGUAAUGGUAGUAAUACACCACUUCAUGUUGCAUCACAGAUGGGUCAUCUUGAUGUAGUUGAGUAUCUCGUUAGUCAAGGAGCACAGCUUGAAAUGUGUGAUAAUGAUAAUGAUACACCUCUUCAGCUUGCAUCACAGAAGGGACAUCUCAAUGUAAUUCAGUAUCUUGUUAAUCAAGGAGCACAGGUAGAGAGGAUUGAUAAUUUUGAUCAGACACCACUUCUUGCUGCAUCAAGUAAAGGUCACGUUGACGUAGUGGAGUACCUCGUUAGUCAAGGAGCACAGGUAAACAGGGGCACUAAUACGGGUGGGACACCACUUCUUUAUGCAUCACGGGAGGGUCAUCUUGAUGUAGUUCGGUACCUCGUUGGUCAAGGAGCAAAGGUAGAGAAGGGUCUUGGUAAUGGUGUGACACCACUUUUUAGCGCAUCACGCAAUGGUCAUCUUGAUGUAGGUCAGUACCUCGUUGGUCAAGGAGCACAGGUUGAGAGGGGCAAUAAUAAAGGUUUGACACCACUUCAUGUUGCAUCAGGCUAUGGUCAUCUUGAUAUGGUUCGAUACCUCGUUAGUCAAGGAGCACAGGUUGAAAGGUGCGAUAAUGAUGGUGACACACCACUUAUUGUUGCAUCACGCAAAGGUCAUCUUGAUGUAGUUCGGUAUCUCAAGAGAGAACAAGCACAGAGGAAAACAGCAUCACCUGAAGGUAUGAUUUGCAAUUUAAUAGUGAGCAAAGGCGGUUAUACCAUGUCAAAAGGCGAUGUUUUGUAUAGGGUCAGAGCUGUCAUGAUACUUUAGUUUUAAGUUGUUUUUAUCCUUUACUUUAAGCCUAAUCAUCAGUAGUCCAUAAAUUCAAUUGUUUAUAAUUGCCGAUUAUUUACCAGUUUUGUGUAUUACCGUUAGGGUCAUGUCUAAAUGACUGAUUAGUCUUGGAUUU